AUUUAAGUAGAACAUGCCUACUGCCGAGGCUAAAAAUAAGAUGGAUAACUACAAAGUUAUCGACACAAUUGGGAAAGGAGCUUAUUCAAACGUGUAUAAGGUCAAGCGCAAGUCUGAUGGCCAGAUCUAUGCCUUGAAGAAGGUCCUGCUGAAAGGACUCUCCAAGAAGGAGAAGGAAAAUGCUCUCAAUGAGGUUCGAAUUUUAGCAUCUGUCCAACAUCAGAACAUCAUCUCCUACAAGGAAUGCAUCUUGGAAGAGUCGCCAGCCGCUCUUUGUAUAAUUAUGGAGUAUUGUGACGGCGGGGAUCUGUACCAGAAAAUCGUAGAACAGAAGAAAAAGAAAUAAACUAUUCUCUGAAGCAGACAUUUGGGAAACUUUUAUACAGAUAGUCAAAGGACUCAAUGCCCUUCAUAAUAAAUAAAAUUCUGCAUAGAGAUUUGAAGUGAGCCAACGUGUUCGUAAAUAAAGAUGGCACUGUUAAAUUAGGUGAUUUGAAUGUCUCAAAAGUUGCUAAGAUGGGCCUUGUUUAUACACAGACGGGGACACCUUACUACGCAUCACCCGAGGUAUGGCAAGACAAACCCUAUGACCAUAGAAGUGAUAUUUGGUCACUAGGAUGAGUUAUUUAUGAAAUGAUUACUCUGAGACCGCCUUUUACUGCUACUUCAAUGCAAGAACUGGCGAAUAAAGUCAAGAAGGGCAGUUAUCAGAAAAUUCCUAGUGUAUUUUCGAGAGAUUUGGGGACUGUGGUAGCUACAUUACUCAAAGUUUCGCCUCUCAUGAGGCCGAGCUGAGAGCAAAUCUUGCAUAUGCCAGCAGUAGAAGAGCAUCUUACUGAUGAGGAGACAAAAGAGAUUUGAAUUGACUUGCUAAAUACUAUUAAAAUUCCGAGAAAUAUGAGUUUACUGCAACAAAAGCUUCCUGCCAGUCAAUUUGAAAAUGAAAAAGUUGAAGAAGAGCCUGAAGAAGAUAAUUAUGAAGAUGAUUUUGAAAGAAUUCCUUCAAGUGGAGAAAAGAAAAAGAGUCACCCAGAGUCAAUCGGAUCUGGAGCUAUGGCAAAGCCACCAAAGGCUGAUAAGACUGAAAGACCCAGGAGGAGGCCUAAAGGACUCCCUCCUACUGCUCCCUCUCAUAGAGUUAUUCCUCCAAUGCCUCAGUCAAACAGAGAUCGGGAAGUUGGUGAAUUGAACAUCAGUAAAUCAAAAGCCUCUUCGAGACACAGUCACAAUAGGAAGAGUAGCAAGAGCAAGAGAGUUAUUGAAGAAAGUUUGAAGAAGAAUCGAAGAAACCCAAAGACAACAGAGGCUCAGCUACCUCAGCCAGUUAAGGCCCCUCCAACCAACCUUUAUGAUAAGAGAUAUCGCAUGUAUUCCAAAGAUGGCAUGGGGCCUAAGAAGGUGUCAGAGAUCUACCGAAUGAGGGCUAAAGAGGUUGAAAAUCAAGAGAAGAGAAUGAAUAAAGAGCUACGUAAUAACAGAGAUUAUGCAUCUAAGAAAUCAUGAAGGAAAGCAAUGCAGUAUCAUCAGAAUGCAGUUAUUGAUCCAACGCAGAACGCUUCGAAGCUUAACCAGAUGAUCGGGCAGAGACAGAUCGACUCUCAUAACAUCCAGAAAAGAAGAUAUCAACCUCUUAGUGAGAACUAUAGGGGUAUAAACAACAAGAUAUCCCUCCAGAAUAAUCCUGAUGAGGAGCCUCAGCAACCAAGACCUCAGUAUAACCUGAUUGGAAAAGCUGGAGCUAGAGGAGGCUCCUCUAUCACUCCAAAUUCUAAUAGCAACCAUGGGAUGAUCUCUUCGAGGCUUAAGGAGAAUUAUAAAAACUCUGAAAUUUCUUAUAAGCUUAGGGGCAACCCUCCUCGAGGAUUGAAUCAGUAUUCAUCAGGAAGUUCGCACAGAAGCCAGCCUGUUCUGAAUGGGCUCAGGAAUAACUUGUCAAGGAAAUAUGUCUCAAACAAGCAUACUACUAGUGACCAGCCUUUAGCACCAUUACGUCCACCUCCAAAUGCUCUGAACCACGGAAGGGUUGACCUCGGUUCUGCAAAGAAGAAAUGCCGGAUGAAUUAUAAGCAUCAAUACAGGAUAAAGCCUAGCUCUGCGAAGGUCCCUACUUGGUGGGGCUAGCAAGGC